AUGGCGAAUGAGGGAAAAUUUGUCCGACCGACGGGUAGCCUGUCUAGCGAUGAAGACGAGAAUUUGACCUCCGACGAAUCGGACCGCCAAACCAGUAGUAGCGAGGCGAUGGAUAAUAGAAACACCCAAAGCGUUCAUAGCGACACCAGUAGCUACACAGGUAGUGAAGCCGAUGAUUCCGAAAUCGAUAUGACCAACAUACCCACACUGCCAUCUAAUGCUUCACUGGUUGACAAUCCGGUUCCCGACGGCGCUUCGAUCAAAAACACCGGACAGGAGCAAGUCAGAAAUGCGGAGCGAAUGGACCGAAUGGAGAAAAUGAUUGCGGAUUUAAGCUGUGCCUUGAAUCGUUUCAAACCCAAUCAAAACCCAACAUGGAAUGUACAUACCGACAACAACUGGAAUCUAGUUCACGAUGAUAAUCCCAACGCAAACGUCGGUGAAGCCUCUUUGACUCGUUCUCAACCCAAUCAAAGAAAAACAUACAGCGAAAACCCAGAAAACAGCUGGGGCCUAUCCCGCGAUGUGAACUCUGACCAAAGCGCCGGGGGUGCGACCUCUUCCAGUAUCCGUUGGGAUUACGUUAAAUCUUUUCCGAGCGGCAUCGCCACCAAUAAGAUGUGGGAGGAGUGGAAUCGCUACAUCGAAAAUUUUGAAGUAGCGGCUUCACUCAUGGGCAACGAACUGCAGGAAAUCAUCAGAGCCGCCAAGCUACGUCCGAAUUUGACAAAUCCGGAUUGUUACAUGACAUUUGUCGCUAACAUCAAGAAAUACUUCCGUUCUAUGACAGAUACCGCCGCUGAACACGAAGCAUUCUCAAAGAUGAAGCAGGAGGAUGGCGAAGCAGCCGUUGCCUUUCAUGCACGGCUGAUGUGUAAAGUUCGAUCGUGUAACUAUAGCGCAGAUGAUGAAGACAGAUUUGUGAGAGCACAAUUGCUCUCCGGGUUACGGAACCGCGAAUUGGUGAAACAAGCACGCACAUAUGGCUAUGAAACAAACUUCAUUGUGCAGUCGGCCACCAGGGACGAGGCGUUUGAAGCAGAGACCAGACAACAUACCUAUAGUGCGUACGAGGUGAACAGAAUAUAUGAUCGAAACAGAAAUAAACGAUUCGCUGCAGACCACCGACGUGAUGAGCCUACAAUUAAGCGCCGCCGAAGUAACGAACCGAACCAGCGAUCUCAAGAACAACACCAGCGGCGAUGCACACGAUGUUUCUUGUUCCGCCACCGUAACGGCAUGUGUCCAGCGUUAGGUCGCAGCUGUAACAGAUGCGGCAAGCGAGGGCAUUUCGUAGCAGCCUGCCGACAGAAACAAGUAAAUACUAUGCAACGUGAACGAAACGACAGAUCCGUGGACAGAGUAGCAUUACCAAAUGAAGAUAUGUACGAAGAUAACAAACAGGAAGUCAACGCGCUCUCCCUAGAAGAUGUGCUGAUCAACUGCUCUAUUGGUUCGUCUAAUCCAAUACGAUUCCUAAUAGAUUCUGGAGCAGAUGUUAACGUUAUCGGUGGGAAAGAUUGGGAACAACUGAAGCGAGAUGUCAGAUCAGGAAAGCAAUACUAG